AUGCCCAGCUAUGUAAAGUUCAUGAAGGAGAUUCUGUCCAAAAAGAGAAAAAUAGAGGAUUACGAGACUGUGGCUUUGACGGAGGAGUGUGGUGCUAUUCUACAUAGGAAGCUUCCUCAAAAAUUGAGAGAUCCAGAUCAAUCAAUCAAGCAUCCAAGGGGUAUUAUUGAAGAUGUGAUAGUCAACGUAGACAAGUUUAUUUUCCCAGUAAAUUUCAAUGUACUAUAUAUGGAAAAGCAUUCUAAUGUUGGGAGACCAUUCUUAGCUACCAGGCAGGCUUUAAUUGAUGUGAGAAAGGGUGAGUUGAGAUUGAGAGUUCAAGGGGAUGAGGUGGUUUUUAAUGUAUUCAAGACAAUGUCUUAUCUGAGAGCGAGUGACAGUUGUUAUUGCAUUGAUGUGAUUGAUAAUGUAGUUUCGAGAAGAAGGUGGAACAAUGAUGCCUUAGAGCCGUUUUGGCAGGUGGUGAGGAAGAUAAUGAUGAUGUCAAGAUGA